CAUGACCACACCUCCAUAUAUUUAUGCACAAGCUCCAAAGCACAAACCUAGCGAUUCAUUUAUCUUCCUUUUGGUUUGCCUUCCUAGCUAGCUAGCAACCAAGUCACUUUGCAAAAGAGGAAGUGAGAUGGAUGCCUUCCUUCUCCACUCGAGAGCUCUCGCCGGCGCCCUGCUCUUUGCUUUCAGCACCCUUCUUCUCUUCCCAGAGCUUCCAUGUGCGCAACAAAAUGGCAUUACCAGGCACUACAAAUUUGAUAUCCAAAUGACCAACGUCACACGGUUGUGCCACACGAAGAGCAUGGUGACCGUCAAUGGGCAGUACCCGGGGCCUAGAAUCGUGGCCAGAGAAGGCGACCGUGUCAUUGUUAAAGUGGUCAACCAUGUCCAAAGCAACGUCAGCAUACAUUGGCAUGGGGUUCGGCAGCUGAGAAGUGGUUGGGCUGACGGGCCGGCAUAUGUGGCGCAGUGCCCCAUACAAACGGGCCACAGCUACGUCUAUAACUUCACGAUUGUGGCCCAGAGGGGAACUCUCUUCUGGCAUGCCCAUAUAUCGUGGCUCAGAGCCACCCUCUAUGGGCCCAUCAUCAUCCUCCCCAAGCGUGGUGUCCCUUACCCAUUCGCCAAACCCUACAAAGAAGUCCCUAUGAUCUUUGGGGAGUGGUGGAACGCCGAUACUGAAGCUGUAAUUAACCAGGCUCUUCAAACAGGUGGGGGCCCAAAUGUUUCUGACGCCUAUACCAUCAAUGGGCUACCAGGGCCAUUGUACAAUUGCUCAGCUAAAGAUACAUUCAAGCUAAGGGUAAAGCCUGGGAGGACAUACCUUCUUCGCAUCAUCAAUGCUGCACUAAACGAUGAACUCUUCUUCAGCAUUGCCAAUCACACCCUCACCAUUGUCGAAGUUGAUGCAGUGUAUGUGAAGCCCUUCGACACCAACACUCUCAUCAUAACCCCUGGCCAGACCACCAAUGUCCUCCUCCACACUAAGCCCACCUUCCCUGGUGCUACGUUCCUCAUGCUAGCAAGACCCUAUGCCACUGGCCAAGGAACGUUCGACAACUCAACCACUGCCGGCAUCCUCGAAUACCAACACUCAAACGCCUCGUCAUCACCCUCAUUUAGCAAGAAGCUCCCACUAUUCAAACCAAGCCUCCCAUCUCUUAACGACACAAAGUUUGUUGCGGACUUCACUAGGAAGCUGCGUAGCUUGGCAACAACACAAUAUCCGGCCAAGGUUCCUCAGACCAUCGAUCGGCGCUUCUUCUUCACUGUCGGGCUGGGGACGAGCCCGUGCCCCAAAAACCAGACAUGCCAAGGGCCAAAUGGGACCAAAUUUGCUGCCACCGUCAACAACGUAUCCUUUUCAAUGCCCACCACAGCCCUCCUCCAGGCUCACUUCUUCGGCCAGUCGAAGGGUGUCUACACCCCGGACUUCCCCAUUAUCCCUCUGAUGCCACUCAACUACACGGGGGCUCCUCCCAACAACACACUGGUGAGCAACGGCACCAGGUUGGUGGUCCUCCCAUUCAACACUAGCGUGGAGCUGGUGAUGCAAGACACCAGCAUUCUCGGGAACGAGAGCCAUCCACUGCACCUUCAUGGCUUCAACUUCUUCGUGGUUGGCCAGGGGUUCGGGAACCACGACCCGGAGAAGGACCCAGCCAAGUUUAACCUUGUGGACCCGGUCGAGAGGAAUACGGUUAGCGUGCCACCUGGAGGAUGGGUGGCCAUCCGAUUCCUGGCUGAUAAUCCUGGUGUGUGGUUCAUGCAUUGCCACCUGGAGGUUCACACGAGUUGGGGUCUGAAGAUGGCGUGGUUGGUGUUGGAUGGGAACCUCCCAAACCAGAAGCUUCCUCCGCCCCCCUCGGAUCUUCCCAAAUGCUAGACUUUUUUAUUUUGUUUAUUUUGAUAAGUUCAUCGAGUUAAUAUUUC